AUGGUAUUGCACAUGGUAUGGGGAUGGCACAACGAUACUAUAAUUUCUGCAACAGAGCUCGACACAAAUAUUCCAUACAUUCCUUCUACCGCCCCUCUAGAUCGUAAAUUCGGAGGGGCAAAAGAACACACAUGCCAUUCGGAACUCAAAGACGAUCUUAAUUACGACGAAGUCUGUACGCCCUAUAACGCGAAGUUAUGCGUAGGCCACCCCGUCUGGGAUGAGGUGCUACUAAACGAAACGCCCAAUUACAUUUGGCUUCACAUCCCUGAAGAGUUUAACGGAUGGCAUUACAGGGAAGCUGGUGCGGAUAAAUGGUCAGCCCACUACGACUAUACAUAUAAAUUCUUCCAAGAUGAGGACUGCGAGACGCCGCUGUUCGAUAGCGAUAGUGGGCCCGUACAAUUUACCCUCGACACGGCAUGGAGGAAUCAAAGAAAUAUCACUAAGAUCGCGGUCUACCUCCUAGAUGCUAAAAUGCCGCACCAAGGUUGGUGGCGAGGCUCAAGGAAGAAAAAAUCAGAAUCAAUUGACAACGGUCAUCAUGAGGUGGACUCCGAUAUACCGGAUUGCCAGGACCCAGCGCACUGUACCCCACCACCUCUACUAUAA